CCCCAUUCCCGGCUUCGCUGUCAUGUUGUGUUGCAGAUAGCAACGGGAUUGUGGCAACCAUCGCCGUUUAUUUCCCUGUCUGCUAUCCUUAGUUACGCAGCGGGACAGCGGUCGUAUGAACUGCUCUCUUCGAAGGGUUUCUUUCUCUGGGUUACCCGUUCCGUCUGCCACUAUGUUUCGUGGACCCACUUUGCGCUGCGGAUUUGCGGCUUCUGUGCUUAAAUAGUUCUCUGUAAACGCUGCGUUUCCUGCUACGACGGAUUCUUUUCCCGAUGCGUGGCUCAAAAUAUCCCACACAGGAGCUCGGAAUCGACGGUCUUUUCUCUCGCAGGACUGUCGUUCGCAGGAGCGUCCCAGUUUGCGAUUACCGUCAGUUGUCCGUCCAAAAAUCCCCGCUGUUGUUCAAUUUCAUUCGCUUCAGCACCAGCGCUUUCGCAGCGCAAGAGAGAGGGACUUGUAGCCUCCACUGGUUUGCUGUUAUGUAACCCUGUUUUCGUCUGCUCUGUUGGGAUGACUUGCGAUACUGCCAUUUCCUCCAAGUUCUUUCCGGCACUGCUGUCGGAUGAUCCAUUGAGAACCGUCUCGGCAACCUUUCGGCGGCCGCAUUGCUGUGACUGGCUGCCCUCUCCGUGUUUGUGUGGAAUUGUUACGUUGUCUCUUGGUGGUCCUUCUGUGUCCGUCCACUAUGGCUGACCUUCGUCGUUUACAACGCUGUUUCAUGUGCUCGCUGCCCGGGCAGCAGCAGCGUCUCUCGCGUGCCUCUCCACUCGUUAUCAGGCGGCGCUCUUCCCCUCUUGCCCUCUUGCCUGUGCACCAGAAAUUCUCGGACUGUGGUGACGUGACUUCGUUGCAGGACACACGUUCAUCGUGGUGCGCCUCUUCCGACCUCUUCGGUGUGCGUACUUUCGUUGUAGGGUCUCCUCCGGUGUUGCCAUGUUCGGAUUCGCGCUAGAGUCUUCGGUUCGCCUUGUAGUCAAUCGCGUUGUAGGUGGUGUAUGAACUUUUUGCGUGACUUCCAGAGCACACCGUAGUGACAAAAACCAGCUUUUUGCGAUGUGACUGUGUCCCGUAAGAACCCCCAGCUUUUUGUGUUGUUCUUCCAGUGCGUGUGAGUACCUUCCCUUCGGUUCUCUCCGCCCUGUCCAUACUCCGGACUUCUUUGCGUCUUUCGCUUCUGUCCCUACUUUCGCGGUAGAAGGCGUGCUUCUCGCUUAGGAGUUGUGAAAUAGCAGAUAUAAAACAUCUGACGCAGUACUGCCUUGACGACCUCGACUUCGCGGGUGCGUGUUUGUCGCCUCGAUUGUCAUGCAUGCUCAGUUAAGCUAGGGCAUCUUUCUGCUUUGCUUUUUUUACCCUCGCGCUGUAAUGUCUCCUGCCCGCAAGCGAUCGGCGCACGGACGUAUGCUGGCGAGCCGCUCUUCCCCUUUGGCAGUUGUCCAUGCCUCACGAAGACGGUGUGCUGAGGUGCAUGCGAGGCUGGCAAGGCUAUCCUCGUGAGAGUCGCCCUAUUCUUUCUCUUCGCGCCUUACACUCAUGAUCUCGGUCUGAUAUCUUUCGUUUCACGCCAAGUCUCUGAUUUCGUCUGACUCAUCUUGCAUGGGGAGAGUGGAAAUUGUGUCUGUGGUUCCAACUGGCGACGCUUGAGCAGUUAGUGGGCGCUUUCCUGUCUCUAUGCGCCCGUCCAUCGUCACUUUUCGAGCUGCUCCACUGUUCACCAAAACUUGAGUGUCUGUUGAUUCGUGAGAUAGAGUGUUGUGUAGGAACACAGUUUACGCAUGUAUGCAUACGUACCGUGCACAGGCUUUUGCGACAGCCCAGCCCGUGUGGAGCCGCGUGGCCUUGAACAGCAGAGUCUCGGGAUUUCAGCGUUCCUCAGAAGCACUUUGCUUUCUAGCGUCGCCCUGGGAAGCUAGGACUCAAGGCUCUUCUGUCUGCGUGAAGGGAAUCUUGAGCCGAGAAGCGUGGAGCAUCGGGAGAUUCAAGGACUUCACUGAACACGCGGUUGAUUCUUUCGGAGCUGGCUGUCGUCGGGUUGGGCGAGAGCAAUAUCCUGUCUCUGUUCUCUCUUCGAUCGUUGCCUCAGGUGGGGAAGGGAGGUGAAAAGGCAUCCUUGUUCGCGCCGUGUAUGUGGUGCCCCCUUCGAUUUCUUCACCGUGUCUUCUUUCCCUAGACCUUGUCCCAAACUCUCUAGAGGCAAUGGCUGCAAAUCCGCGUCUUCUCGCCCCGUGUGGAGAGAGUCCCGCGUCUCCUCUGGCCAUGUCGGCGGUGUCCGCCCACUCUGUCUCCCGCGAGUCUCCUCUGUCGGGCGCGUCCUCUGUUUCCUGUCGAGCCCUUGCUGAGGUGACGUUUCUGCCACAUUCUCUCGCGCCAGGUGGAGGCGCCCCGCUCGCAUCGCUUGCCCAGAAGAAAAACGAGGAGGGCUUGGAACCCACAGAAAACAUGCCGUUGAGUGCGCAUGCGGCCGACAUGUUGCGGAAGGAACUGUUCAGCGUCCGCGUUGCAGGGCGCUACAAGGCAGACCUGGUCGGAGCCUGUCUCUUCAUGCGACACGGUGCACGGACUCCGAAAGAGAAUUUCUCAAUCUCGGCCACUGGCACGGAGUCUAGCCGCUUUCCCCCAGGAGACAUAGGCAGGUCUCCCUCGGAGGCAGACAGAAAUCGAGCAGCUGCUGGGGACAACUCCGGGGCAAAGCCCCAGAAACCCGGCUACCCUGGAGUCCCAGUUGUCGCCGCCGCGGAGCCACAGGCGAUAGUUCCGGAGGCAGGGAAGACUGGAGAAAAAUCAUCCCAAAACGGCCUUGUCCAGCAUCCAACAGGGACUCCAAAGAGGCCCCGCGAAUCGCGGAACGAAGCAGGAUGGAAGUCGGAGAGCCGCAGCGUUUCGCUGGCGUCUGAUGGGGGCUCUUUCAAAGAGACUCCGGACACGAAAAGUGUUCCCAGACAAGGAGAGGGCACGUCUUCUGGCCUUCCUUAUGGCAUUGAGGAACGCCAAGAGGCUGCAAACGGUGCAGAAGAGCACAUUCCAAAAGGCGGGAGUGUGGACCCUUCGGUCGUGCAUGUGUCGCAGGCGCAUGCAUGCAGGCGGGAGGCAGGUGAACAUGGGACGGCCCUCAGUACAGCAAGGCCUUCAGAUUCACGCGGGCCUACGGUCUGGCGCCCCCCUUCCAUUGCCGGUUCUGGCUGUGGUGCAUUUUCGAUGAACUCCUUCGUGGAAGCUGUAGGAGGGAACAGAGUCACUUCGUCUGUAGUAAAUGGCGCCCAGCGCGGCCUCUUGGGGCACGUGCCUCGCGAACACUCUCCGGCGCGGUCGUCGCCUCCUGGAGCGGAGAUAGACGCCGACGCGCCAGCGGGCCUCGCGCCGGAGAUGCCGUGUUGCCCGGAGGAGACAGAAGAGAAGAAGGGCGCUGGGGCGGCCCACAGCAUUGCUGCUCAGGUCGAAACCUCCAAAGAGCGAGCGAAUUCGAGGGUGAUCAAGGAUCACAGCGUAAGCGCAAACAAAGCGCCCUCCGGGUGCUGGUUCGGCGUGGUGCCCAUGGGCCCCUGUGGAGGUCAUCCCGCGAAUCGCGCGCAGCAAGUGAGAACAUCCUUGUCCUUCCUGGCUUUUCCCCCCACGCCGCUGUCUCCACAGUCUCCAGACCCUACUUCCACGGCGUCAUCGUCCUCGUCUACACCGAUCUCGUCUCGCUCGCGGUCGUGUUCCUCUGGAGCGGAGGCGGCUCUCGCAGUCGUCGCCGGUGCAUCACCGCAGACCUGGCGUGCGGUCUCUCCCAAGGCUGCUCGGGGCCCGAAAGGGAGGCCUGCAUUCACUCCGACGUACGGCUUUGAGAAGACACUUUCCUCGGAUGCGGUGCUGCCUGCCGCCUCGAAAGCAGGAACGCCCAUGCCCGCACUGCCCUGCAAGGCGUCCCCUUCUGUCGCCACCCUUCCUCUCGCCUCGACCCUUCCAUGCCGUCCCGAGGUUCUUCUGCAGACUCCGGGCGUGGCGGAGGUGUCGCCGGCGAGGAGCGUCCUCCUCACACCGGGUCGCUCUCCUUCUGCCCCGCAGGGGGCCGCCUGCCCCUUCAAUUGCGCCCCCGGCCUGCUCACCGCGGCGGGCUGGCAACAAGCUGCGUGCAUCGGCUGCGCUCUGCGGCGGAAGCAGCGAAUAAUCUUGAGGAAUGCCUUCUUGCGCGAGUGUUUGGAAACGCUCGAGGGGGGCGAAGAAGCUCGCGAAGGCGGUGGCCGUAGUCAACCUCUCCAAAUUCAAGGGGCCCCUUUUCGCGGGGCCGACAGCGCAUGCAGAGAGGGCGGCACUCGAAGCAUGGGGAGACCUUUGGAUCGCGGAGAAUCCCCGAUGCAAGAGCACAGUGCGUACGCGGAGACGCACAAGGACCAGACGCUUCUCCAGCCGACCGAUGCCUCCGAAUCCUGCGGCGUCAGCGCCUCCUCUUGCUUGUCUCCUCGCUCGCGGGCCUCUGAUGCACUUGCCUCUUCUUUGACAGCGCCCGGUCGCGCGGCUUCCUGUCCUCAGUGUCGCUCUUCUCUCCCGCAGUCCUGCAACCCGUCCCACGAUUCCUCUACUUCAACUCAUGUGGACCCGUGCGCGGCCGCCUGUCUCCACGUUUGUCCUUCUGUCUUUUCUCCGUCUGUGUCUUCUUCUGUCUCUUCCCGCUCUGGCAACUCAAGCUGUAGCGCUGCCGGCAGCAUCUCAGGAGCGGGCUGCCCUGGCGCCCCCCUGGCUGGUUGUGGACACCCUCCUGCUUUUUCGACGUCUCCCCAGGGUGUGUGGUCUUCCACAGCAGCUCCGGAGCUGCCCACAAAUUCGGAUUUCCAAGGAUUCAUUCUCGACCGCUGCUCGUCGUUGUUCCUAUGCAGCACAGAGUCGCUGCGUUGUCAGCAGACCGCCGAGGGCGUCCUCGCGGGUCUCCUCCACGGACCAGGUGCCUUUCGCGAGAUCCGGCGUCCUUGCGGCUCUCUGGAAGCGGUCGGGGGUCGACCUGCCUCUCCCCAGAGUGGCACUGUAUGCAAGCCUUUCGACUCCUGCACUGAGCAGGCUUCCGCGCGUCUCUUCGUAGCGCCUCGAAGCGCGCGGGAGACUCGAGGCGGAGACAGGGCGAAGACAGAAGUCAACGGCAAGAAAGGGGACCUUGGGGGAGAGAGGCAAUCCGCCGGGAGGGAGGAGAUGAAGGGCGGCGGUCGAUGGCCCCAUGCGAAAGAAGAGAACGCGGCGGGGCCUCUGAGGGGAGGGUUUCCAGGCCCUUUUGAGGCAUGGGGUCGAACAAGAGGCGUCUGCCUCCACGUCGCCCCCUCGGGGUCUCCACUUGCCUCGGCGCUUAAGGCGAAAAGCCAAAUUGUGAAGUUUCUCAAGCAGCGGUGUCUAGCGGAGUCUGUCUGCUACCAGAGAGCUUGCCUCCAGCUGCGUGCAGAGUCCGAUUUGCUGCGACAGUUGACGGGUUGGGAGGAGAAGGCGGGCUUGAAGGUGAUGAAGAAAUUCGUUUCUUCGUACAGCACGUACCUCUUCCACGGCGUGCCUCCGCCGCCUCUGAGCAACGGUGUGAUUCAGUCCAGACCAGCAACGGCAGACGCGCCGACGACUGCGUCGUUUGCCACUUUUUUCGGGGACCUCUCACGUCAGUCUUCUGCGCUUUUUUCGCCGUUCGACGAGGCUCAUGCAGUCUCCAUGUCUCCGCCGCUCUCCCGGCAGCGGUCCUCUUCGCCGUCUCAGGCCGCGAGACCCCUCGCGCCCGAGGCGGCGCGGAGCGCUGGACUUGCCGAGGGCAGGGAGACAAAGCAGUGGGGGCUGGAAGGGAGCGAGGAGAGGCGCAACGGAGACACCGCAUGCGGGAGAAGCAGCGAACAGGACCCGAGUGCGCCGGGCGCCAGCCUCGAGAGAAGAGCAGAGGCGAGCAGGCAGCUGACUACGCAAGAGGUGGACGCCGAGAAGGAACAAAAGGAAGAAGCGCCGGACGCGCCAGUCUCUCUGCUGCAGGCGAUUUUCUUGGGAGCAGACGUGAUCACGCGUCUCCAGUUCGGCGAGGAAGAAGAAGUGGGCUGGCGCGCGGGGGGAACUUCGCUCCUUGAGCUCGCAAGUCGCCUCGAACGAAUGGCUGACUGGUGUCUCGAACGUGAACAAAGCUGUCACGCGACCCAGCAGACUCCUGGAAGAAAGCCGGCGCGGGCGUCUCGUUCCACCCCGUUUCCUUCGGCAGAUAAAACGCACAGGGAGAAAGAAUGGCCAGCCCCAGAGUGCGAGACUCGGCGACAGAGUGGGGGAGAACACGAACAGGAAACAGACGUAGCAAAGGGCGCCGCGGAGGAGUUUGAGGACCGGAGCGAGCAGGCGAGCGGCACCGAACCUCCGCUGCUGCAAAUCUUCGUGACGCACCAGUCCGCCCUCUUGGCACUGCAAGGUGCCUUGAGUGUACCGACAGAGGAACUUCACGUCCCGGCGUUCGGGUGCUACAUCUCAGCCGAACUGCUUCGUCUCAACCGGUCUUCCGCGGGAGACGACUGGGACUAUCCCAUCGUGGGAGACGAGGCAAAGGGGACGGCAGACGCGGAGGAGCGGCGGGAAGAAAGCCGCGCCGAACGCGUCGGGAGAAAGACAUGGAAGCAAGGGGAGAGAAGCCAUUCGCCGUGGUUUUCGUACUUAGAGUUCGAUAAACAGCGAGAGAACAAGGCGGGGUGUGGGGGUUCCCCUCUCUCCCCUCUUCAUGCCCUUUCUCGCUCUGAGGAGGAGCUGUCCUCUUGCACCAGCACGCCACGAACCGCACCGACUGAUGAGUCAUCGUCUCUCUCGUGUUCUCUGGUUUCCGGCCGGGCCAGCGCUGCGACGGACAGCGUCGAGAGCCAUGGGACUUCUUUUGAGGGUGACAGGGGAUACCCUCCAUCGAAUCAAAGUGCGAGGGAAAUGGUCGGCUUUCAGCUCUCCUCGUCCGUGCCAUCGUAUACAGCUGAGAACGCGGCGUCUCCGAUCUCUCUCCCGGUGCCAGAGGUGCCGGUUUCCCCUUCGUCUCCUGCUACGCAGCCUUCUAGUCGUCCGCCUGUGUCUCAUCCGUUCUUGGAGAAGCUUACGAGCCGAAAACCGAGAGAGGCGCGGAAGAAGCAUCCAGGGUAUCUCAUUCGGUGGACCAUCAAUGGGUCGCAACCGGUUGUUCUUCCUCCCAGUCUCCGUUUCAAGCCACCCUCUCAGCCACCUUUCUACGUAUCGGGUUCUCCCUCUGCGUCAGCUUCUGCUUCUUCUCCUGUCUCUUCUGUGUCCUUGUCGCUUGCUUCCUUGUCAUCGAGAGGCGAAGGGCAGGAGGAGCGAGACAAGGCGACUCUGGCGGCCAAGUUGGAGCAGGCUCUUCAGGAGAGGGGAGAGCGACUGUACGCGCUUCAGCACUGUGCAGCUGCUUCGGAGUAUUCAGCUGCAGAUGCGCUGGUGCGCAGCGUGCUGGCGGAGGAGGCUUCGUUCCUCUCUCGUUUUCCGCUUCUGAAGGACGCAGAACCGCGAGUAGGCAUGCAAGGGGAAGAACAAGCUGGAGGGCUUGAAAUGCAUGGGUGUGUGCCUCCCCAGGAAGCGGAAGGAGAGAGCGGUCCAGGCGGUGCGUGCGGAGCCGUUUCUUCAACGCAGGUCACUCUCGUCGACCCGGAAGAAAUAACUCAGUUUCUCUGCUGCAGGCAAAUGCCGUGCUUCUGCUUCCACUGUCUCCAGCGAGCGGAGAGACGCCUGUGGAGUCAAAGGCAGAGAACGGGGCAGGGGAGCGAGACGGGGAGACUGAAUGAGGUGGAGCCGGGAAAGAAUGAAGGUGGGACGGGGCGGGGGCAAGAGGGGGAAACAACGCAUGACGAAGAAAGACUGUACGAAGAGAACGAACUCGAUUUCGAAACGUGCAACAUUGUGGAACUGGACCGCCUUUUGUCGUUCCUAGACGAACGAAUUGCCAAGUAUGGCAUGCCGAUCCCCGUGGGGGACGACUCCCGCAGCCACCCGGAGCUCGCGCUUCAGACUCAGGCUAGAGAUGGAAAGGGCGACGCAUGUGCUAAGAAACGGGACGCGGAGCUGGAGACCGUGAGACAUAACGUGUAGCUGGGAACGUCGGGGAAGGGAAUGUGAAACGCCUCAGUGCAAGUGCUCGAAUACAAGAAGCUUCUCCAGCCACAGUGUGUCGGGCGACUCGCAUACGAGGUGAACCAUGUAGUAUGCGUUGUGUGGAGCGAGCCGCUGUCGGCGUUCGCAGCGGAUGCAGCGUCGUGUCAUUACAGAGAGAAUUGCACCAACGGAAAAGGUGGGCAUACACUAGCGGUGGCUGUAGGGUAGGAUGGGGAGACAUCCGGAGGAGUUGGGCAUGGAAUGGACCCCAGGGGAGAAGCUGAUCAUCUUGACGAAAGGCAUUUCGAGGUGGAGACACCUAAAGCAGGCAGCCUCGUACCAAGGAACUGUGGCAGUCGUUUCGUGAGGCCGUUCUCUGGGAGAGGCUUGGGAAUAAACCAGUAGCUGGAGCUGCUUGUGGUAGGUGGGUGAAUAAAGGUGGGACCCGGUGAAGUCUGCAAAGACUGUCACCGUGGUUGUCUGUCAUUACGCAAGAAUCUAACUGGCACUCAAGAUAAAUACGCUUUGUAGGCGAAUCUUCGUGUGUACAUCGGUGUGUGUACUACCAUUCCCAGCUGGUGUCGAAGAAAAAGCAAGACAGGACGCUGAUUAUGUUGAACCAGGACAAGUUGUUUUCCGCAUUCACGGGGAAGUCGUAGUUGCAAUGGAUUCUGGGAGUUCCGACCUCCUGUCCAAUGGCCGAGGGAACGUGCGGACCCGCUCUUGGGGCAGUGUGCAGGCAGCAUAAUGUAGAUGGCAAUCGAACUCUGCCGCUGUCUCCUGUGUCUUUUUUUGUGCGGUCGGCUGUUUCGACCCAUCCAGCCGGGCACAAAUGAUCCGCCGUGGGGACAGUCGAAGUAUUUCCGAUUUUGCUUCUUUGUCACUUUCUGCUGAACGCGUGUCUAUUUUUAUGUUCUGUGAGCUGAAUACGGCGUCGGGCCGUCUUCAAGAUGAUUUCCCGCUUUCUAAUUUCAAGGCAGAAGACUGCGUCGGAAGCACCUCAAAAGUGUAUCUUCCAUAAUUUUUGCAAAGUCGAGCAAUGAAUUGGCACUGGAACCCAUGCGCGUCUGAAACGCCUUUCUCACGUUUUUGCACUGAGAUGGAAUGUUCCACCUGCCACACUUCCUAGAAAUAACAGGAAAACCAGUUCCAUUUUAUGCGCUUGAGCGUGCGGUCUAUUACGUUAUGGGAGCCGUCAUUAGACGUUUGGGUGUUCAGGUCAUCUGAAUCAAGGACUCAUCGUAACAAGCCGGAAUGGCUGAAGGGGGUCAAUGGAGUCUUUCAUAAACUAUGGGGGUCGGUGCCGUAAAGAGAGGAAGGCUGGCGUUCAUUGUGGGCGAAGUCGAUUCUUCGAUACAACUUUCACAAAGGCCAAGGUUUGUUCUCGUAAUACGAGAACAUCGCAGUGCAGUUCUUUACUCUAGUGCUCUCUUUUUCUUAAAUUAGAACUUCGAAGUUCCUUCUUAAACCCCAUUUUUUCCGUUUGACCUGUGGCUGGUAUCGCUUUCCGCAGAGGCCAGACGGAAGCUGCACUCAUGGUCUGCGGGAUCGCCGGACGACGCAGUGGUGGCUUUGAGAACUUCGGAUUUCUU